AUGCAUGAUGAUGAUGCAUGCAAUGCAAUGCAAUGCAACCGUGUCUACACAUGCAUGGAUAGAUAUCAAAUUCUCUUUUUGUCAAAGUUGCUUACAAGUCAUGGUGCUUUUGUCCCCAUCUCUAGAUGCUAUAUCCAUGUCAAUCACUCUGCAAUUAACAUGACCAUCACAAACUCUUGUCCUCUGAUAAUCUUCCUGUGCUUCACAAUGCCCCAUUUUCUAUUUUGUGACGAGGAAGUGCAUUCAGGUACUGAAGCAAAUCCCUUACCUUUUUAUUUUUUUUCUCUAAUGAUUAUGCUUCUGAUCUCCUACGAUGAUUGCUUGGUCAAUGGAGGGAACCCUUUAACCCCUGGCCAGAUAAUCAGAAUCACAUAUUCUAAUACUUUCAUGUACCCUUUAGCUUUCAAGUCUGCAAAAUUUUGCUGAUGAAUCCAAAUACAAGGUAGAAUAAGUAGAAGACUUCUACAAAUGAUAACCAACCAACCCAUGAGUU